AUGGGAUUUGGAGGUACUCGGCUGUGCGUAUGUCUCUUGCUUGCCUUCGCUGUAAUUUCUUCUGCUCAGAACACCGUUCUAUUCUCAGAUGAUGAGGUGGUAAUGGCAAUGGAGAUGGAGGGUAGGUCUUUGAGGGUGACGACAAACGACUACGACGACCCAACUGCAAAUCGUGGGCAUGAUCCCUCCGCCUUCGCCUCCUCAAGGGUCAAGUCCGGCGGCGGAGGUGGCCGAAAAGGCUAAAGCUAAUGGACCAAUACAUUGCUCAAUGCUUGAUUCAGAAAGGCUUAUGUAAUGCUUCAUAUAUAACAUAUUUUAAUUGCUUUUUUAAUUGGCGUAACCUAAUUGUUGUAUUAAAAAAAAAUGGUAUUCAAGAUCUUUGCUAUAUUAAUAAAUAAGUGAUGAUGCAAGCCUUCAUGGUCUUUGCCAUAUUUUCUUGA